GAAGCUAGUUUGUGAACAGCUAGCCCGGAUAAAGAUGAAGAACUAGAGGAGGAAAAAGAAACUAUCCUGCCUGUUAACAACCGGGCUGACGUUUGUGUUACACUUUGUUAUCGUACCGACAAUAGAGCGGACAGUUUAUAUCAAAUGUAGCGUUUAGUAAAACUUCCUGUCGGGCUGAAACACGUUAAACGGCAGGCUAACGCUUUCUUUACAACUUACACUGUAAAUGUCCGGGUUGGGGUGUUGCUCUUUUAUGUCCUAAAAUGUUAAAACUAAUCCGAUAACUUAAGUUAUUUUUUUUGUUGCAGCAUGGAUUGAUGUUCGCGCUUAAGCCGACUUUGCUAACUGCCUUUUGCACACAAGGUUAAAAUUAGCUUUAGCCAGCUAGCUCCCCUCCAGCUGCAGCUCUCCCACUUUCUUAUGCUGACUUGUCAGGACAGGUGUGCUGAAAGUAGGCCAGGUGUGGCGUGGGACAGAUAGGGGGGACUGAAUCAGUGCUCUCAGAGUAGUACCGAGUCCUACAGUCUACUUCAGGGAGUUUUUUGUUACUUUAGUGGAGCCGGAGGUGGGACCAUGCUGCUCUCUCUGGUUGUGCACACAUACUCGCUGCGGUACUGGUUUCCAGCCACGGUCAUGCUGGGGACAGCGCCUGCUUAUCUGCUAUCAUGGGGGACAUGGCGCUUGCUGUCAACUGUCCUACCAGCAAGGCUGUAUCACAAGUUGGACGACCGGUUGUACUCCAUCUACCAGAGUAUGGUCCUCUUCUUCUUUGAGAACUACACAGGAGUGGAGAUUGUUAUAUACGGAGAUAUACCAAAGAACAAAGAGAACGUGAUCUACCUGUCCAAUCACCAGUGCACAGCUGACUGGAUCAUCGCUGACAUGCUCGCCAUCAGGCAGAGCGCUCUGGGCCACGUCAGGUACGUCUUGAAAGAUGGACUCAAGUGGCUCCCGCUGUACGGAUGGUAUUUCUCUCAGCACGGAGGAGUGUACGUGAAACGAAGCUCAAAGUUUAAUGAACAGGCGAUGAAGAAGAAGCUCAUCACUGAGACUCAAUGUGGAACGCCAAUGUACCUUGUCAUCUUCCCAGAAGGAACUCGGUAUAAUCCAGAGCUCAAGAAUGUUAUCGCUGACAGUCAGGCUUUUGCUACGAAAGAAGGGCUGGGUAUCCUGAAACACACACUCACACCCAGAAUGAAAGCCUCUCACAUAGCCCUCGAGUCCAUGAGGGACCACCUGGGCGCCGUGUAUGACGUCACAGUGGCCUAUGAGGGUACGCUGGAUGCCUCCGGUCAAAGAAAACCUGCGCCAUCGAUGCCCGAAUUCCUGUGCAAAGAAUGUCCCCGAGUCCACAUACACUUCGACCGCGUGGACAUAAAGGAAAUUCCUUCAGAGCCACUGUUUUUCCGCAGGUGGCUACACGAGCGGUUUGAAAUCAAGGACCGGCUGCUGACGAAUUUUUACGAGUCGGAGGAUGCAGACAAACUAUGCAGGUUCCCCGGGGAAGGAAAACGUUCUCCUCUGAACCUUUCUAAAACCCUUCCGUCAGUGAUGAUCCUGGGGGGGCUGACACUGCCAUUACUGCUGACGGAGAACGGCAGGAAACUGUACGUGAGAACCUGGGUGUACGGGACGCUGCUGGGCUGGCUGUGGGUGAACGCGUUUCCUUAACAAAGAGGGCAGAGGCUGCCACGAUGAGACGCACAAAAGACAUGGAGAGACGUCACCGUUUUCCUGUAUCGCCACAACACAAGGUGUGUUCCAGAUGCAGCGCAGUAUCUGAUAAGAGGCUCAGAGAUUUACCCCACAUGUCUGGUUCACUGUUGACCUUGAGCUGCAAGCUGAGCGGAGAUACGGAGAAAUGUUAAGCUUUUUGUGCUACUUGUUCCCUCGCGUUAUUUGGAUUUGCAGCCUGAAAUGAUGAGAAAACAUGAGUGGGUUUGGUGAAAAGCAUUUAGAAUUCUCUAAAAUACCCGUUACUAUCUACUAUAAAAUAAAAAUAGCUAUAUACUUCUCUUAAAAUAAAUGCCCCAGUCAUUAGAUUUAGCCAAAUUAGUAUUCAUGCAUGCUCACUUUUCCAUCAAACAUUGGCCACUUUAAAGCUCUUGUAAGACUUUUGAGUACAACGUGUUUUCGUACUCUGAAAACACGUUUAAUGAUCACAUUCAGCUGCUGUAUGUAGCUGACACAGUACACCAGCCUACUGAUGAUGGAUCAUUAAUUAUUAAAGUGCACUGACUCAUUGACGUUGGUUGUAAUGUUUUUGAUGCCAAGUUCUGGGUCAGGAGGUUUAUGCACUUUGCUCAUUUAAAGAGACGUUUUUACAUGAGAACAUGAAUAGCAUGCAGUCCUCUAUAGGGGCUCAUAAACAUGACACCAGCUGCAUUGUUUACCAUAAACAUUCAUCUGACAUCACUUUGUUUUAUAUAUUAAUGAAUGUAGCCGCAAAACACUCUCAUUUAUGCAUAUAUGAAAGAGUAUUUUUUUUAUUUCCAACACCCAAGAUUUUACUGAUAUUGAUAAAUAUUGAUAAAUUCAGUCUAUUGAGUUUGAGUUAUAGAGUUUUGAGUCUUUGUCGCAGAGCACUUGCAGAUGCCAGUGAGCUCAUAUGGAGGAAUGCAGAUGUUCUGCCACUAAAUAUUGCUUUAAUCUCAAAACGUCACACCUGCAUUUUUUUUAAGCCGAACCCUUUUUUUGUUGUUGUUGUUGUUUUUGAGUCGCCAUGACUGACGUGAACAGCAAUUUUUGAAAUUGGUCCCAUAUUGAGAGAGAUGGCUGCAGCCGUGUAACGCCUGCAAUAUAAGCAUAUAGGACAAUUGUGCAAUGUCAGUGUUUGUCCAUUAAAAGUUGAUAUUUUUGCCACAGACAAGCUCAGAUUCUAAGUAUCUAAAGUGUGUCUCUACCUUUCGCUUGAUGCAAAAUGUUUUUUAUUGUGUCUAAAUCUUGCUCAAGGGGACGUCCCCGUUUUGAAAUCUCAGGACACGUGACUUGCUACAGGAAAACAAUGCAGGAAACCAGGACUGUACAAAACUUAAAAUUAUGUUAGUUGAAUCUUUUUCGGCUGAUCCGUAUGAAUAUUUAACGAUUUGGGGUUUUUCCUUCAUAUAAAGGCUUAAAGUUCGAACUGGCUCAGCGGGACGUAAGGUGUGACAGCGGCAGCCAUUUAAUAUAGUAAGCAAGCUAACUGUGUUAAUGAUGGGUUGUAAAUGUGCAACAUUUUUUGUCGACACUAUUUAUCAAACAAAAGCAAGAGACUGUAUUGUAUUAAGUUGCUGUAAGCUGUAAAUUUACCAGUAAGCAGAAGAGGGAAGAUAAUGUUAUUUUUCUCCUUUCCUCCUCUGUGACACUGCCUACAUGUCCACAGCUCCCUGUACCAAAGAGUGGCGUGAAAAUUAAGAGCGCUCACUCUGCCCCAACAACUCAUGACCAAAAUGUCCCCAGAAAAACACUGCUGCACACUGACAAGCAAAGAAAAAAUGACUGCUCGACUUGAAGCGAUCUCAGUCAAAGUGAGGGGUGUCGGACUGAUUAUUCGAAUCUCGGACAUUCAGGGAGUAGCCUGACAGGAAAUGCGAGUGAAAGGGAGUUGUCUGUUGUAUUGCAGUAAAGAAAGCGUAUCUGUAAGUUAUCUAAAAGAUUUUCAAUGUUAUGUUUUUUUGUUUUUUUUUAACUGAUAUUGACAAUGUGGAUGAGGCUUUUGAAAUCGAUGGCUGUCCAAAUUUAUUUGGGCUAGAGCAUACGUGUUGUGAGAUUUCAGAGCAAGACAUCAAGAAUAACAAACAGACUGGAUGAAGGAAAAGGUAGAGAGACACUUCAGGCACUUAUAACAAUCUGAGCCUGUCUGUUGCAAAAAUAACCAGUUUUAAUGGCCAAAACUGUGAUGGUGCACCGUUGCCUCAUCUGGUUACAUUGCAGGCGCCGUAUAGAUGAAGCUCUCGCUCUCUUAAUACUGGACCAAUUUCAAAAAAGUUGUUCACAUUAGUCACUUAGACACAAAAACAUGAGAAAAUAAGGUCCAAGUUGAAAAAUGUUGAAAUAACUCUUUAAAAUGUAAGUCAUUGCCAAAACCUGGUGUAUUUUCCACAAUGUUGUACGUGUGUUUUAAGUUGAGCAAUACUUGUUUGAUGCCAGCCCAGAUGACAGCAAAGAAACUUGGUCUUUUUUUUUUUUUGGCCUAAAUACAUUAUCCUUUUUUUGUAUAAUGGUUCCAUAACUUUUAUAUGCAUUUAUUACUUUGAAUACCAUGUUACUACUCACACAAAAGUAUCUACCUAGCAAAAAGAUGACAAAGCCAUGUUAACAGUAUAUCACAGGAUCCUGUGCACUCAAAGCCAUUUGUAUUAUAAAUGUCACUGUAUUGUAAAAUGCACUGUAAGUCCAUUGUUGUUGUUUACCGUAAUGAAACCAUUGCAUUUUUCCACGUGUCACUUUACAUGUCAGCCGUCUCGUCUAGAGUUAGUCCGCAGUGUUUUUUCUUCAUGUGGAUGGUACAGUAAGUCUCAUAGUUUUUACAUGUCGCUCCAAUACCUCACUUGAAUAAUCCUUCCUCGUUCUUAAAUGACUCUUGUCAGCCAUUUUAUAGUCAUUUUUAUCCUGACAAGAUCAGACUGUAACUCAUCAGGAAAACUAUGUAGACAGUAUUUAAAUGCCAACUGAUUUUGGAAAUGCGUGCCUUCUCUUUGGAGGAGUUGGUCCUCAGCCCUCUCAGUGGGGGCCACAGUGGCUCUUUCCCAUCAGGUGACUGCAUGAGGAGCUGCUGCUCACUGCAGCAUGUGGUCACAUUGUCUACGGUUCAUAGUGGCUUAUUUUGCUUGAAGAAUGCAUUGAUUUACACUUUUUGAGGACUAUACAAUGAAACCUUUAAUGUAUGUAAGUUUUGGAAAUGGGGUCAGAGUGAAAUAAAGUGGUUUUCUUUG